AUUGGAUGUAAUGGAACUGAUGUUCGCCGAGUGGGAGGACGGGGAGAGGUUCUCUUUCGAAGACUCGGACCGAUUCGAAGAAGACUCUCUGUGCUCUUUCAUAUCAGAGGCCGAGAGCCUCUGUCAGAACUGGAGAGGAUGGAGGAAGCAGUCUGCAGGACCCAACUCUCCCACUGUCAAAAGCAAAGAUGGCCAGGUCAUUCCACUGGUGGAGUUAUCAGCGAAGCAGGUAGCGUUUCAUAUCCCAUUUGAGGUGGUGGAGAAAGUUUAUCCUCCCGUUCCAGAACAACUUCAACUACGCAUUGCCUAUUGGAGCUUCCCUGAAAAUGAGGAAGACAUCAGGUUAUAUUCUUGCCUGGCCAAUGGGAGUCCUGAUGAAUUUCAACGCGGAGAGCAACUUUACAGGAUUAGAGCUGUCAAAGACCCACUCCAAAUCGGCUUCCAUGUCAGUGCCACAGUUGUGUCCAGUCAGGCUGGUCAGUCUAAAGGAGCCUACAACGUGGCAGUUAUGUUUGAUCGGUGUCGUAUAACUUCCUGUAGCUGCACCUGUGGAGCAGGAGCCAAAUGGUGUGCACACGUGGUAGCCCUGUGUCUCUUUAGGAUCCACAAUGCAUCAGCUGUGUGUCUCCGAGCACCAGUCUCUGAAUCUCUGUCCAGACUGCAGAGGGACCAGCUUCAGAAAUUUGCCCAGUACCUCAUCAGUGAGCUCCCCCAGCAGAUCCUCCCAACAGCUCAACGGCUGCUGGAUGAGCUGCUCUCUUCUCAGUCCACUGCUAUAAACACCGUGUGUGGAGCUCCAGACCCGACUGCAGGUCCGUCAGCUUCCGAUCAGAGCACGUGGUAUUUGGAUGAGUCCACUCUCAGUGACAACAUCAAAAAGACCCUGCAUAAAUUCUGUGGACCCUCACCGGUCGUCUUCAGUGAUGUAAACUCCAUGUACCUGUCGUCCACGGAGCCUCCUGCUGCUGCCGAGUGGGCAUGUCUGCUGCGACCUCUGAGAGGACGCGAGCCGGAGGGCAUCUGGAACCUUCUGUCUAUAGUCAGAGAAAUGUUCAAGAGGAGAGACAGCAACGCAGCGCCACUGCUGGAGAUACUCACAGAGCAGUGUCUCACCUAUGAACAGAUCAUUAGCUGGUGGUACAGCGUCCGGACGUCAGCGUCUCACAGCAGUGCCAGUGGCCACACGGGGCGCAGCAAUGGGCAAUCCGAAGUGGCAGCUCACGCUUGUGCCAGCAUGUGUGAUGAGAUGGUGGUCCUCUGGAGACUGGCAGUACUUGAUCCAACUAUGAGUCCCUGCAGGCGUCUGGAACUGGCAGGCCAGUUGAAGCUGUGGCAUCUGAAGGUCAUCGAAAUAGUCAAGCGAGGGCAACAUCGAAAGUCCCUGGAUAAACUGUUUCAGGGCUUCAAGCCCGCCGUCGAGUCGUGCUUUUUUAACUGGGAGGUGGCCUAUCCUCUGGAAGGAAUCACCUAUUGCAGUGCUGAUAAGAAGAGUGCCACCUUUUGCUGGUCCAGGGCAGUGCAGCACCAGAGAGGGGUCAAAGCUGCCGCUGCGGCUGCUGCUGCGGCCGCGGCCGCAGGAGCGGUGGGAGAAGCUGCGGAAACAGAUGGGGGAAACAGAGCUGAUAGUGGAGCCGGGGGGGAUUAUAAAGGUCGAGGAAGCAACCACCUGUCUCAGCAAGAAGUGGCCGUACGACCGAAGGAGACCAUUUUGACCAAGAGGAAAGGACUGACGGUUAGUGGUGGGGGAGGAAUGCUCGUUCGCUUGGGGGGCAGUGUCUCUCUUUCACUGGAAGAUGGAGGCGGAAAGUGCAUGUACAAAGGGUCCUCUGCCUCCGCCUCUGGAGGCAAACUAAAGAUGACUUCCGGAAAGGGAGCAUCUGCGUCAGGUCCCGGAGGCAGUGGAGGGAUAGGUGGUAGUAAGCACGUCAGUGCUAAGAGAAGAACCAGCAGUGAGGACAGCUCUUUGGAGCCAGACAUGGCUGAGCUAAGCCUGGACGAUGGCUGCAAUUUGGCUUUAGGGGCCGAGGCAAGCAAUACCUUUGAGUUUCUGCCACCAGCUCAAGAAAUGUUGCUGUCUCUGAGCCCACUGCUGAGAGAGUCACGCAAGUAUGGGAGUAACAAUGGAGGGAGCAAGAUUUCGGAAACAAAGAGUGUUAGCCUUAAUUCGACUGCGCUCCCUGGCGCAGAGCCGUCUCCGACGUGCUUUGCGUCUAAAGACACUGUAAUUGUUGUUAUGGACAAACCAAGCGCUGAAGACAAGGAAGCCAAACUGGAAGCGGAGUCAGACCUUAACGGAGAUGAAGAUGCCGAAUCGGCCGGCAGCAACCGUCCCUCCAACUCUGCUGCUGCUGCAACAAUCUCGGACUCUGCUCCAAAAUCUACAGAGGCGUUGUGUGGCCAAGCGGAGGAUGGCCCUGCUGGAGUCGCAGGAAGCGGAGCAGCUGCCGUUGAUGGAGCAGGCGGCCAGGAUGCUGCUGCUGCCCCCCCAGUCCCAGCUGCGGCAGGUGAAGCUCUGUGUGAAGAUGACUACCAAGCGUACUACCUGAGUGCUGCCUCAGAGGAAGGAGCAGACAGACAGCUGGCUGAGAAUAACCAGGAGGAGGAACCAGACAUAUUUGCAGGGAUUAAACCUCUGGAUCAGGAGGGACGCAUGGAGGUGCUGUUUGCAUGUGCCGAGGCCCUCUAUGCUCAUGGUUACAGUAAUGAGGCGUGUCGUUUGGCGGUAGAGCUUGCCACAGACCUGUUAGCCAACCCUCCAGACCUAAAGGUGGAACAGCCACCAACGAAGGGUAAGAAGAGUAAGGUGUCCACCAGUCGUCAGACACAGGUAGCCACUAAUACCUUGUCCAAAGGCGCCUUCCUCCUCACUGUUCUCAGUGAGAGAACGGAGCUUCACAACCUGGCCUUCAGCACCGGCAUGUUCUCCCUGGAACUUCAGAGGCCUCCGGCGUCUACCAAAGCUCUGGAGGUGAAGCUGGCCUACCAGGAGUCUGAAGUGGUGGCUUUGUUAAAGAAAAUUCCUCUGGGUCUGGUAGAAAUGUCCACCAUCAGAGAGAGAGCCGAGCAACUCCGAGAUGGAAACUUCUGUGACUACAGGCCUGUGCUGCCUCUCAUGUUGGCCAGCUUUAUCUUCGAUGUACUGUGUACUCCAGUGGUGUCCCCCACCGGGUCCCGUCCACCAAGUCGAAAUCGCAACAACGAGAUGCCCGGCGACGAAGAGCUUGGAUUUGAGGCGGCCGUUGCUGCUCUUGGUAUGAAGACCACAGUUAGUGAGGCCGAACAUCCUUUGCUCUGUGAAGGGACCCGGCGGGUGAAGGGUGAUCUAGCUCUUGCCCUUAUGAUCACCUACAAGGAUGACCAGAGCAAGCUUAAGAAGAUACUGGAUAAGCUAUUGGACAGAGAGAGUCAGACCCACAAACCUCAGACUUUGAGCUCCUUCUACUCCAGCAAGCCAGCCGCCGGGAGCCAACGCAGUCCGUCCAAGCACACUGCUUCCGGACACAGCGGGGUGGGCGGAACUGGUGGAGGUGCUUCCAAACAUUCUGCGUCCUCUUCCUCGAACAGUGCUGUUGCGGCAUCUUCCGCCGCUGUGACACUGGCCGGUGAAGAGGUAGCUCAUCAGGCUGAGCUUAACCAAGUGCAGAGCAGUACAGCGGGGGAGAGUACUUCGGAGAACAGGGAGCACGUAUCAGAUGGGCCUCCUUCAUCCAACGACCACCAGAAUGAAACAGCUCCCUUUAAACUGGAGGCUACUGUUCCCAGUAGACUGGCACUCGGGGCUCGCUGCAGUUACAGCCAGCGCUGCUGGGGUUCACCUGUCCGGCAGAAAAAGAAACACACAGGCAUGGCAAGUAUUGACAGCAGUGCUCCAGAGACCACCUCGGACAGUUCACCCACGCUCAGCCGCCGCCCACUGCGAGGCGGCUGGCCAGCAGCAUCUUGGGGUCGGGGCCAGGACAGUGACAGCAUCAGCAGUUCCUCGUCAGAUUCUCUGGGAUCUUCUUCCUCUAGUGGCUCUCGUAGGGCAGGGGGUGGGGCAAGAGCCAAGAGCAGUGACACCAGCAGGUACAAAGGGCGACGACCAGAAUGCCAUGCUCCCCACGUGCCCAACCAGCCGUCCGAAGCAGCAGCCCAUUUUUACUUUGAGCUAGCCAAGACUGUGCUGAUCAAAGCUGGAGGAAACUCUUCAACUUCCAUUUUUACUCAGCCCUCAGCCAGUGGUGGGCACCAGGGCCCCCACAGAAACCUGCACCUCUGUGCCUUCGAGAUUGGCUUGUAUGCUCUUGGCCUCCACAACUUUGUGUCACCCAACUGGCUUUCAAGAACUUAUUCCUCCCAUGUGUCCUGGAUUACUGGUCAGGCCAUGGAGAUCGGCAGCGCAGCUCUUAACAUUUUGGUGGAGUGCUGGGAUGGUCACCUAACCCCUCCAGAGGUAGCGUCUUUAGCGGACCGCGCGUCACGAGCCAGAGACCCCAACAUGGUUCGAGCAGCAGCAGAGCUGGCACUGAGCUGCUUGCCCCAUGCUCAUGCCCUAAACCCCAAUGAAAUCCAACGAGCACUGGUGCAGUGCAAAGAGCAGGACAAUGUGAUGUUGGAGAAGGCCUGUAUGGCUGUAGAGGAAGCAGCCAAGGGUGGAGGCGUAUAUCCUGAGGUCCUGUUCGAGGUUGCUCACCAAUGGUACUGGCUGUAUGAGCAGUCAGUGGGCGGGGGCUCAGGUCCACAGAGGGAAACCUCUGGUCGCUGCGGGGCAAACGGGGGCUCAGGAAGGAGGCAGUUAGAGUCCACCUGUGUGGUUCUUGACAGCAGUGCCAACAUGGAGUCCCCUGGGGUAGCAACAGUUACGGCCUCGGUCACAGCAGCAGCUGUGGUUCCAGUCAUUUCGGUGGGCUCCACCAUAUACCAGUCGCACGCCAUGCCCGGCCAGGCAAUUGCUCACCCACAUGGCCCAGCCCUCCACCCCUACACCACCAUACAGGCUCACCUCCCCACUGUUUGCACUCCACAGUACAUAGGGCAUCCUAUGCAGCAUGUCCCUCGACCAACUGUCUUCCCUGUGACUGGUGCUGCUUAUCCACAGGGUAUGCACCCAGCCUUUAUUGGGGCCCAGUAUCCAUUUUCUGUGGCUGCUGGUCCACAGCCGCCACCGGCAGCUGCUGUGACCUUUCCUGGAGUCCCCGUGCCGUCCAUGACUCAAAUUGCUGUCCAUCCCUACCACGCGGAGACCGGCCUGCCUCUCAACACCACUGUAGCAGUCGGCAGCGUCCAUGCAGGCCCCACCAUCCAGACUAUUCAAGGAGCAUCUCUGCCCUCGUUGUCCUCACAGCCAGCCUCAUUGGUCAGCACUCCUUUCCCGACUGAGGACGAGACGCACAGCCAGCCAAUCAGCCAGCAGGGCCUGCACUAUCUGCACUCUGCCUACAGAGUUGGCAUGUUGGCGUUGGAGAUGCUGGGUAGGCGGGCUCACAAUGACCACCCCAACAAUUUUUCCAGGAGUCCACCUUACACUGAGGAUGUAAAAUGGCUGUUGGGACUGGCUGCUAGGCUGGGGGUCAACUAUGUGUACCAGUUUUGUGUUGGGGCAGCCAAAGGUGUUCUCAGUCCGUUCGUCCUUCAGGAGAUAAUAAUGGAGGCGCUGCAGAGACUAAACCCCGCCCAUAUUCAUGCCCAUCUACGUACGCCUGCUUUCCAUCAGCUUGUACAACGCUGUCAACAGGCGUAUCUGCAGUACAUUCACCAUCGGCUCAUCCACCUGACACCCGCGGACUACGACGACUUUGUCAACAUCAUCCGCAGUGCUCGGGGAGCUUUCUGCUUGACGCCCGUUGGUGUGAUGCAGUUCAAUGACGUGCUGCAGAACCUGAAAAGAGGCAAGCAGACCAAGGAGCUGUGGCAGCGCAUUUCUCUGGAGAUGGCAACCUUCUCCCCGUGAGCCUCACUGCACUGAGCCUGGGCUAAACCUCCAACACUGGGAUUGCCACAGCACUGAGCCAUCUGGUCCUGUCAAGGGUGGCCAUCCCCUGCGGUGUGGACUCAGACGCAUACAGCACACAGACAGGACAAUCAGCGUCCAUUUCCCUACCCCACCCCCACCCCCCUUAGACACUUCCUUUUUUACGAGUGUUUCUUGGAGUUAAACCUGGACAACUCCCUGCUCUCCCUCUCUGUCCACGGCUGGCUUCUCACUCUUUUUUUUUUUCUUUCUUGUCUUGUUUCAUGUCGGUGUAUCUGUGGAUUUUAAGUGUACUCCUUUUUAUUCUCAUCUCACCCACCUCUCCCGUUUCUCCCACACUGACUAUCGAAGGGGCUCUGUCGUAUAGCCUUUCGUCCUCACUACAUCUUUUUCAGUUUCCCUAACAACUUCCUUUUGUUCUUCUGUGAAUAAAAAUCACAAAGCGAAGUCACGUUCAUGCUGCAACAUUCCUGUCCGGAGUGGUAGGUGCUGUGAGGUUAUAUCCACUGAACGCUUUUCACUUCUGAUUCAUAUCCUCGCAGAGUGGGAGAAAAGGAAGAUGUACAAAUAAAAUCAAAUAAAAAAUCUAUUAUUAUAAUUAUAUUGUCAGUACAGGUGAGGAUUUUUCAGUAUUUUGUUUAAUCUUUUUUGAUAUUUUGUAUAGAAUAUAUAACGUGUGUGGUAGAGAGGCAUGGGAAGAGAAUGAGAGAAUAUUAAAGGUGCUGUUGUGUGGGAUCCACAUUAACAUUUCCACCUGCCUUAGGAGAGACGUGAGCACAACUGCACUCAUCAGCUGAGCAGGGCCUCCUUUAUUAACUGGAGAGUGGACGUUUUUUAAGUGUUGUUGUAUGAGUUGAGGUGUUGACACGUCGCCGACUGUCAUGAGCCGACCUUCUGCACUGAUAACAGCCCGAUUUCCUUCCGUUUACCAGAUGGCUGCAGAGUAUGUUUUGCUUUUCUUUUUUUUUUUCAGCGCCCAAACUGAGAGUAGUAAACUGCUCGCUCUCCUGCACCGGAAUUAUAGAACUGAAUUAUAGUAAUUCUGUUUGUUAGCUUGUUUGGACACCGAAGCUGUCGGUCUGCUAAAUGCUGCCUCAUUUAGUAAGCUUGUGUUACUAGCACAAAUCCGGAUGAAUCAUUUCCGACGCCUCUGUACGGAGAUAACACAAAAAACACACACACAUGAAAACAGCAGAGAAUCAACAACUUUAAUGUGAUUCUACCUAUGUGUUUCUAGACUGGGUUGCAGGGAGCGUGGGAUUUACAAACAAGGCCACACCUGGCUUUGAGAAAGCAGCGAAUGCAAUUGCCUGUUGCCACUAGGUGGCACUAUGGAUAUUGGUGAAUCAUUUUUAUUAAAUCUUUGUUUAUGCUAUUUUAUUCUGCUUGUGGAGUUUACCAAAAUUUGGCUACUCCCCGUAACUGUAGGUUCUGCUUACUUAAGUUCUGAAAUUUUUUUUUUUAAUCUGGAAUUUAAAAUAACAAAUUUGUAGUGGAUUAGCUAUAAUCAUUGAUAGUAUGUAGGUCAAAUUGUCUAAAAGAUUCGGCAAGGAAAGUCACAAUCAGGUGCGGAAUGUCAUUUCCACAUACUGCCACAUAUUUAAAAAACUUAAACUCUUUUUUUUUUUUUUUUUUUUUUUUUUUUUUAAAUUUAAAUAUGUCUGAGCCAAGAACAAUGAGAAACCCUUAAACCUUCUCUGAAGCCUGACCGGUCAAAUUCUGUAGUCAUAAUAAUACUUUUGAGCUCGUAGCUGAUAGAUUAGUUCAGUUGAAGAGAGUUAAAAACAGCGGGUAUGAAUGACACUUCAAAGAUGUGAAAAGAAAUGUUGUGUUCCAGUCACGUUAGACUUAAUCUUCCUUCCUUUCCUUGUAGGAUCAGUGGUUACAAAGACCAGUAAGAAAACCAAUGUGGUCAUACUUGGAAACCGACAAAGAAAAGGAACAGGUCCAAACGUUUGGUUUGUAGCUUCACUGUGAAGCAUGAUGGCUUGUCACGAAAAAUACAAACAAAUCUUAAACAUCUCACUAGUUUGAAAAAAA